CUUCCUGAUAAAGAACGACCUGGAAUUAUUCUCUUCUGCCAGUCGCAGUUUCGAUCUCGAGAGACAAGGAGUUAUUUAUUUUGCACAUUAGUAAAUUGGCAGACAAAAAUGAAGUUGAUUUUGUCCAUCGUAUUAGUGGCUGGUUUAGCCCUCAGUUCUGAGGCACUGAUGGGGCCUGGCGGACCUCCUGGAAUGGGAAUGGGAGGACCACCACCUUUCGUACAAGCAAAAAUAGCAUCAAAGGGCUUCCCUGGUGCGGGUGGAGGCCCACCUGGAAUGGGCAUGGGAAUGGGUGGACCACCCCCCUUCGUGCAGGCCAAGAUUGCCUCGAAAGGAUUUCCUGGAGCGGGAGGACCCCCCGGAAUGGGGAUGGGCAUGGGAAUGGGACCUCCUCCAUUUGUCCAGAGUAUCAUCGCCUCCAAGGGAUCUCCAUUCGGAGGAGGGCCCUUCGGCGCGGCUCCAGCUCCAGAGCCAACUGAAGAUCCAGCAGCAUUAGGACCACCAGCAUACAUUCAGUCCCUCAUCGCCGCCAAAGCUGGACCGUUUGCCGCCUUCGGCAAGCCUUUAGGACCACCCGCCUGGGUUCAACAGUUGAUCGAUGCUAAAAAUGCGGCCGCCGAGGCUGAAGCUGCCGAAUUAGCACAACAACAAGCCGCCCUCGAAGCUGCUGCUGCUCCUCCACCAAGCCCCUCACUGGCCGGAUAUCCACCCUUCAUCCAAGACCUGAUCAACGCCAAGGCCGCCGCCGCUGGUCCCUUUGCUCCCGCCGUGACGACGGGCGCAGCUUCAAAGCCCGCCGGUCCACCACCAGACUGGAUUAUUCAACUGGUUCAAGCCGGCAUGGCGUCGAAGGCCGCGAAGGGAACGCCUUUCGGAGCCAGCCCGGCCGCCGCGGGACCUCCCGCCUUCAACUAUUCUGCCGCCAAGAGGGACCUUUCCGCCGCCAGUGGUGCACCUGCUCCUGCUGCAUCCGCUCCAGCUCAGCAGCAACAACCUCAACAACCGCUCGCUUUUAGCCCGUUCUUUGCCCCGUACCCGCAACUUCAAGCGGUUCCUCCACCAGCCCCACAGGCCGGACCCCCACCCCCACCACCACAAGUCCCCCUGAUGCCCAUGAUGUAUCCCCCGAUGCUCCCACCUUUCGUACCCUACUGGAAGGUUAUGGGAUAAGGAGUUUGUGGUGUGAAAAAUUGGGUUAUCAAUUCGUAGCGUUAAGUCAAGAGGAAAUUUUUAAAUUGAAUAGUUCGAAAAUUUGGUGUGUGGCGAGGUUGUUGUGGGACUGAUUUCUUGAUUUUUGAUGGUUUUAAUAAAAAAUUAUUUUAAUUUGGAUUUUAA